CGAAGCUCCACCUUUGCCUUCCGCGCACUCGACUGUAGUGCGGUCGUUCGCAGACAUGCUCAUCUUCUCCGUCUUCAAAACGCUCACCGACCAGAAGGUGACUGUCGAGUUGAAGAACGACCUCUCGAUCACGGGUGUGUUGAAGUCCGUCGACCAAUUCUUGAACAUCCGCCUUGAUAAGAUCGAGGUCUUUGACGAAGCAAGACACCCCCACAUGAUGGCGGUCAAGAACUGCUUCAUUCGCGGAUCCGUUGUGAGAUAUGUUCAGCUCCCUGCGGAGCAUGUCGACACACAGCUGCUAGAAGACGCGACGAGGCGCGAGGCCGCUGCUCAAGGGAAGCGAUGAACGUCCGUUCCGCCCCAGUUUUGUUCAACGCCGCAUGGGGUGUCGUGUACGCGCACCAUGCUGCGUGUUCACAGCGUCCGCUGCUAUGUACGGCAGCACACUCUGUGUCAUUUCCUCAUCAUGAAGUUCUGCGAAUUUGUCUCUGCUGUCAGUCACGAUGACAUCUGUAAUCCUUUCGUUCUGUCAUAUCUUUGUGGUCCCUGAACGAGUAUAUCCCAAACCGGGUUC